GAUAUUGAUGAAGUCACUGACACUGUAAAGAAUGCUUGUUUGACAAUGAUAUAUGCACAAACCUGAAACAAAUUUGUGCUACCAUCACCCAUAACAUUUUACACAGCAAUCUAAUCCAUUUAAGCAUCAAUUUCCUUUUGCAUUCUUCUGCAACCGAUCUGUCCCACACCCUGAAAGGUAAGUAGGAUGAUCCAAUCCACAACAAUACCGGGAUUCAGAUCUGAGGCAGGAGCAAGAGAGCCACAUAUCCCAAUCCAGCUAAACCGAAGCAGGAGAUCAGCACAAGAUGAACAGAGGGCAGAAAAGCCUCAGCCUUUUGCCAUCAAAGUCGAUCCACGUGACUGAAGAUGACGAUGACCACGUCCCUCUCAUCAUUGAACACAUGCACAUGCCGACAUCCACGUCCUUUUCGGUCUCCAUCCCUCCACCUCUACGAGAUGGAAACACCACAACUCCUCUUGCAUCCGCUUCCCCCAUCGGUAGUCCAUCGACUUCGCUCCACCCCAUGUCGAGCCCAUUCAUGGAUCAAUCCUCGCCCACUGCCAAUGUCCAAGCGGUCUCAAGAAGGGUCUCCGACGGCCUGCUCACCAAAUUCCCGGACACGUCGGAGUUCGACUUCGAGUACGAGAAGAGCAGCCUGUGGUCGCCUCCGGUGCGGUGCGCCACCUCCCUGAGCUCCGAAGGCGAAGUGCUUGCAGAACUGAGGGCCUCUACUGCUGGGCGCCGUCGUAGCCCAUUGAAUAAGGUCUUCCGGUGCUUCCACAGCGAAGAAGGUCGGUGGCAUGGAGGUCGAUGAGCUUCCGAACAUAGUUUGCAUGCGGUCAAUGAUUUCUUUAGGCUUGAUCUCAGAUGCUUUUUUUUGGACUCUAAGCAACAUCUCAAUCCCCAAAAUCAUCUUUUGAUUUCGAAACCUAUCAGACUUCAAAGGAAUAAAAUAUUUAUAUGUGAAUGUGAGUCUCAAUGAUGUCUCUGUCUCCAGAUACAUUCUUGCUGGAUGCAAGAUGCAAUGAUUAUAAACGUCUAACAAUUAGAGUUGUAUUCUGCUUGUUGAUUCUUAACAUUCUUCCAUUUUGCUUUUCACAUACAGGGAAAUUGAGUGGGUUGACUUGGUCAACAACUUCAGGCACAAAGUAAUUAAAUAUCACAGUCAA